GACAAAUGGCUCAGGUGGACUCCUCGCUGGAGCCGUGUUGGAGCUUUGCUGCUGCUGCUCGUCCUGCCGCUGCCGCUGCUCAACUAGGGGUCAGGCUACCAGGCAAAAAGCCCUCUCAGGUUGGACAGAAGUCAUGAGCCGUUUCUUGAACGUGUUACGAAGCUGGCUGGUUAUGGUGUCCAUCAUAGCCAUGGGAAACACGCUACAGAGCUUCCGAGACCACACCUUUCUCUACGAGAAGCUCUACACCGGCAAGCCAGACCUAGUGAAUGGCCUCCAGGCUCGGACCUUUGGGAUCUGGACGCUGCUCUCAUCAGUGAUUCGCUGCCUCUGUGCCAUCGACAUCCACAACAAGACGCUGUACCACAUCACACUCUGGACCUUCCUCCUCGCCCUGGGGCACUUCCUCUCUGAGCUGUUUGUCUUUGGGACCGCAGCUCCCACGAUUGGCGUCCUGGCACCCCUGAUGGUGGCAAGUUUCUCGAUCCUGGGUAUGCUAGUUGGGCUCCAGUACCUAGAAGUAGAACCGGUAUCCAGACAGAAGAAGAGGAACUGAGGCCAACAUUACCAACUCCAAGACUCCAUCCUCCACCCUGGCUGUCCCCUACUUUCAUCCUCCCUCCUCUUUUACUUAUUCUUUUCUGCACCAUCCUGAGCCCCCAACCUACUAACCUUUUACGUUUGGGGUUUUUCUUUCAUUUAAAAAUGUUUACGAUACUGUAUAACCUUCAUAACAGAAAAGCAUAUAAUGUGUACAUACAAUUUAAAGAAUCAUUUUAAGGUGGAUACCCUGUACCUUCACCCAGAUCAAGAAACUGUCAGCACCUUAGAAACCCACCGCGUGCCCUCCCUCCACCGGCAGCCUCUUCCAGGACCCUCUUCCGGCCUUCUGCUUUUUCCCUUUUAUUUCCAUCCCUGCGUCUGACUUGUGUGGUGGGAACACAUGAACUCUGCAAAUUGCAGCUGCUGCCUCACCCAGAGCAGCUGCCAUCAAGGGCUGCUUCGGGGCUGCCCUCCCAGGUCGGGCUCCUCUCUGCUGCUGGACCCGAGACUGAACCAUCUGAGAAACGGGCAGUUCUUCUAAGAAGGGCUCCCUUGUGAGUGACCCUGGCUCCUACCCUUGUGUCUACAAGUGGAUCAGGCUUGGAAGAGUCUGGGCUGUUUUUAGACCUUCUGGUCAGCUCUAUUUGUGUGUAACAAAUUUUGUAAUAAACAGAAAAACCUUCCGCUCA